AUGACUGCUGUGACACUUCUCCAGCCACUGCCACUGGUGCCAGCUGAGCCAUAUACCUCGACUAAGGCACCCAAUACUAAAGUUCAUAUCGCGCUCGACUAUACCCUGCAUGAUCUAUACUCUUUGGAUAACGAUGCCCCCCAAAACAUUGUUCUCAUCUAUGAUCACCCCUGCAAGUUCCCCCGGGACCAAAUCAGCCUCCCUUCGGGCGCACGGUUUCUGUACGCUGCCAACUUCCCUGGUGCGCAUACGAAAGGGGAGGCGCCGAACCUACAGAAGCGCAGUAUUGCUCAACGUUAUUCUUUUAUGGCUGGCCGUACUCCUGUUGUGAUGUUAGACCAGAGUGGAGAUGGUGGUAAAGACCUUUCCAACAUCUUGACAACCUCUCAGGACGAAGUACUGCGCAUCUACGAUCAACUAAGCCCGGACCAACGGCCUGACGUGCAAUUCAUUCGUGGUGUUGACGGUAGCCAGAUAGCUGCAGACUCGCGUGCAGUAUUCAUUGUUCCCCAAGAUCACAUGUGUACACGGUUUAAUCACGCUGUGGAUCCAGAAAUGCUGUACGAGGUCCUGUCCAAGCGUUGGAUAGCAGUGAGCGGUCUGCCAACACCAAAGUCCAAGGUUAUUGACCCGCUACCAAUCAAGUCCUGGCAAGCAGGCUGCGAUGGGGAAGUCGAACGAAUGCUGCAAAGUGUUCAGCAGCAACGCCUCCCGUUUGUGGUUAAAGUGUCUAUUGCUACCUCAGGAUAUGGAACAUACGUUAUCCGAAGUGAGUCGGAUAGAGACGCUGCUGUGUGUGAGCUACGUGGGAUUCUCCAAGACGUACUUGGCAAGAUCAAUGAAAAGCAUGAGCGAUUGUAUCCUGCAAGCUUUGUGAUCCAGGAGCUAGUACCAGGGGAGGCCCAUGGGGUGACAUUCUUUGUUACAAAAAAGGGCCGGGCAGUGUACCUCGCAACAUCUCGGCAACGGUUCGACGACGAAGGUGUCUGGAAUGGUGGGUGCGUCUCGUACCUUUUGCAGCCUGUGUUCGAGAAUCGAUACAGAUCUACGAUAGAUGCUUUGGCCCAAGCAUUACACAGCAAAGGGUACUACGGGCCGGCGGGAGCUGAUGUCAUGACGGACGCGAAUGAGGAGCGUUUGAUUGUCGACGUCAACCCGCGCGUUACUGGAUCUUACCAUUUGGGACUGCUCAAGAACCAUUUCAUGCAGCGCGGGUUAUAUGAAGCGGCAGUUCUCUCCCGCCUGGAAAUCCCCUGCACACGAAAUGCAUUUGAGGAACUGUUUGCGGUAGAUAUUGCACAAGGAAGGUUGCUCAUAAACGCAUGGGUCAUUGACUCGAAGAAAGAGAUCAGUUAUGUGGCCUUGACGGUGGGGGCGGAGGAUUCUGUCAAACUGGGUCGAACAAUUCGUCUGAUUGAGACUUUUGUCAAGACGGGCGAGUAUGCUGAAAGUGCUGAACUAUGA